GAAAACAUGAAUGAAACAGGUGUUUCCUCGAGGCCCCGCCCCCUGAUGACGGGCUUUAAUUAGACAGGUGAGACAGGUGAGGCAGCAUCAGUCUCUCCGGGACACGGACACGAUCCUUCCUCCUCCUCCUCCUCCUCCUCUCGCUCCUCACGCACCGACAUGAACUUCACCGGGACCGGGACCGGGUUCGGGUCCGGGACCGACUCGCUGCUGCCGCUGACCGAGUUCAGCUUCGAGCGGCGGUUCGACGACACCGGAGCGAUCCGCUGGAUGAAGGAGAACUGGAACAAGUCGUUCGUGUUUUGUGCUCUUUACGCCGCCCUGGUGUUCGCGGGUCAGAACUACAUGAGGCCUCGACCCAAACUGAACCUGCGGCGACCGCUCGUCCUCUGGUCACUGAGCCUGGCUCUGUUCAGCAUCAUCGGUUCGGUGCGAACCGGUUCUUACAUGUUCCACGUUCUGAGCAGCAGCGGCUUCAGACAGUCGGUCUGUGAUCAGAGCUUCUACAUCGGACCGGUCAGCAAGUUCUGGGCCUACGCCUUCGUCCUGAGCAAAGCUCCGGAGCUCGGCGACACAGCGUUCAUCGUGCUCAGGAAGCAGAAGCUGCUCUUCCUCCACUGGUACCACCACAUCACAGUUCUGCUCUACUCCUGGUUCUCCUACAAGGACCUGGUCGCAGGCGGCGGCUGGUUCAUGACCAUGAACUACACGGUGCACGCGCUCAUGUACAGCUACUACGCGGCACGCGCCGCCGGCCUGCGCGUGCCGCGGCCCUUCGCCGUGCUGAUCACCAGCGCUCAGAUUACCCAGAUGGCCAUGGGGCUGACGGUGUGCGUGCUGGUGUACGGCUGGAUGCCGCAGGGCGACUGUCCGUCACGCGUCGACAACAUCGUGUGGGCGUCGCUCAUGUACCUGAGCUACCUGCUGCUCUUCUCCAACUUCUUCUACCAGACGUACCUGCGUCACCGCGACGACGACGCCCGGACGCACAAGAGCGAGUAGGACGUCCGAUGAACCGAUCGAUCAUCAGAACAUCUGAUCAGAUUAUUGAUCCAGUGACUCAACACUCAUUUUAACAAAGGUUCAAGCUUUCAACUUUUUAAAAUCAAACUGACGUGAAAACUACAGCACGUUAAAUGUCAGAGGUCAGUUACACGUUCACUCUCACACGCACGCACGGUCCAGCUGGCUCCGCCUCCUCCCACUGGCCCCGCCUCCUCGUCUCACCGGGUGUUUGACGACAUUGUCCUUAAGAUGAUUUCACUCAUAAAACCAAAGAUGAUUUUCACUAUUUAUCACUUAUUGUAUUUAAUCGGAUCAAUACAAACAUUGAUUUAUCAUAUUGAUUAUUUUCCUCUGAAUCAUGAUGUGAACUUUCUGAUCAAACAGGUGCUUUUAUGUUAUUAAUCAAUUGUUCCAGUUAAAUUUCAGGUGGUUUGAAAUGAUUGACAGAUGUCACCAUGGAAACAGUUCCUUAAAGUAUUUAUUGGUUAUUGUUACUGUAUUGUUGAGACGUAUGAAGGCUGCUGAUUGGCUGCUGGACGAAUUUCAACACGUUUUUAUAUUUAUGUCUGGAUCACACGGUGAAAAUUUAUCUUCAUCGAUCGUGUUCUCAGUGUUCGACUGUCUGAGUUCGACUCGUCACAGGAGACGAGUCACAUGACGACAAACAAACGUCUGUAAUAAAAAAAAUAUUUAUGAUAAUAAAGAAACAUUUUAAUA